AUGGUAGCGUUUUCUCUAGCUUUCGUGUUAUUUUUACUCGUUCUCUCCGCCCUUCCCGCGUCAGCUCCGUCCCCCAGCGGAAGCUCAAUCACCGCCGCAGCUGCCGCCGCAACUACCGCCGCCGUAGCUGGCGCAGAUGCCGCUGCCAUGAGCGCUCGAUCCGUUGCGAUUGGCGCCCUCAACGGGAGAGGAUAUCCGCGCGUAUUAGCAGCGCGGCGCAAGCCUUCUUCAGCGCAGAAGUCUCCGCCUCCGCCCCCGCCGUCUCCGCCCACGGGGAGCGGCGGAGUGGACCUGGGGAACGCGCAGAAGGUGCUGAAGAUGCUACAGCCGUACUUCGACGACCCGCAGUUCAUGAUGUUCGCGAUCAACGGAGGUCUCCUCACUCUCAUGGGGAAGGCACUCAACUCAACAGAGAAAGUCACAUUCUUCGUACCGGAUCCCGACACCAUCAAGGACCUGCCCGACGACUCGCCCCUCAUCAACGACCCGGCCAUCGCCACGGCAGUGGUCAAUUUCCAUGUGGUGCGGGGCAGGCAGGUCACUUACACGGAGUUGACUCAAGCCGCCACUGGAACCAUGUACAUGACGGAUCAGCACGAGCCACUGGUGAAGGACGCAGCGAGCUUCCUUUUCAACGUGGUGCUGCGGCCGAGCCAGGGGCCUUCCCGUGCCACCAUCACCAUGCCCAACGCGUACACGGACGAGAGCAUGCAGGUGCAUGUACUGGACUCGCUGCUCAUCCCAGACUCGGUCUACUUCGCCCCUCCAACAACAUCCCCUACAAUAUCCUCUCGUCCAAACCCUCCUCCAAACCCUCCUCCAAGACCUCCCCAGCCAUCCCCGUCAGCAACCCCUACCCCACCAUCCGCACCGUCAGCCCCUCCCAUAGCAUCUCCACCGCCACCAGCGGUGGCAGCAGAUAAGCAAAUCCCAGCCGUGGCAACAGCAACUUCUCCUCUGUCCAGUUCAGAUCCCAACACCACAGUGCCAGCACCACCUGCGCAGUGA